AUGAUGGUGCGCUUCAAUCUGUCCGCGCUGGUGCUGGCGCUUUCUGCUUGGAAUUAUGGAGUCGCCGGCAUCGACCUCGACAUCGAAUCUGAGGAUUCGAUCAAGUCAGUCGUAAAGACGAUUGCUGCAGACAUGUUUGAGUACUAUUCAGCAACUCCAGGCGUGAUCAUUUCCAACAUUCCGGGCCAACUACCAGGUCCUCCUCCAACUCCCGCAAUCACCAAUGCUGGUUACUUCUGGUGGGAAGCUGGAGCCAUGUUUGGGGCCUUGAUCGAUUACUGGUACUACACUGGUGAUGAUACUUACAAUAAUGCAACCUUCGACGCCCUGCAACAUCAGGCCGGGCCAAAGCACGAUUACUUCCCCGAUAACCAGACCUUGGGCAUGGGUAACGAUGAUCAAGGUUUCUGGGCUAUGUCUGCUAUGACUGCCGCCGAGCUUGGCUUCCGAGACGCCGAAGAAGGUCAGCCACAAUGGAUUGCCCUCGUUCAAGCUGUGUACAACAUGCAGCAUCAGAAGAUCGAUGAUGUAUGCAAUGGCGGUCUUCGCUGGCAAGCAUUGAAAUUCCUCAACGGAUACGACUACAAGAACUCCAUCUCAAACGGAUGUUUCUUCAAUAUUGCUUCCAGACUAGCCUUAUAUACAGGCAAUUCCUCUUAUGCUGAUGAAGCCGAGGUGAUCUGGGAGUGGAUGGAGGGCGUUGGCUUCAUGGAUGCAAAGUACAACGUUUUUGACGGUGCCGGUGUGAAAAAUGAUGCCAACUGCACUGAAAUUUACAAGGCCCAAUUCUCGUACAAUGCAGGCGUGUUCCUUCACGGUGCAGCUGCCAUGUACAAAUUCACGAACGGCAGCGCCAUCUGGCAAUCCCGCCUCCAAGGCCUCCUCACCCAAACCAUCGCGAUCUUCUUCCCCGACGGAAUCUGCUACGAAGUCGCCUGCGAAAAAGCCCUCAUCCACUGCACCAUCGACAUGCUCUCCUACAAAGCCUACCUAACCCGCUGGAUGGCCGCCUCCACCAAAUUCGCCCCCUUCAUAACCGACGCCGUCAUGCCCGUCCUCAAAACCUCCGCCGUCGCAGCCGCCAAGCAAUGUUCUGGGUCGCCCCCCGACCGCCCCAACGGGCGUAUGUGUGGUCUUAGUUGGAGCGAAGGCGAGGUGUGGGAUGGAACGAGUGGAGUGGGGCAGGAGAUGGCUGCUAUGCAGGUUAUUCAGGCGAAUCUGAUUCAGAAGGCUAGAGAGCCGUUGACGAACGCGACGGGUGGAACGAGUAAGGGCGAUCCCGGGGCUGGAGGAGGCAGUCCUGCUGGUACCGAUCCGACGAUCUUGGAGCCGUUGACGACGGGAGAUAAAGCUGGAGCAGGUAUUUUGACAGCAGUUGUGGCUGCGAUCAUUCUGAGUGGGUUGGUGUGGGUCAGUUUACCGGAUGGAAAUGUUUAG